UUCUAACUUAUAUUUCCUCAAACUUUCCAAUCUCUUUCUUUGAAUCCAAACACACUUACAUAAAAACAUAUAUAUUUCUUGUUUGCACUUUAAGUUUCAAGAUUUGAAACUUUUAUCAUAGAUUUCUUUGCCUCAAUUGUCCUCACAACUAGGCUUGUUACUUAAUUAGUUUUAUCCUAACAAACGUUAAGACAAUAGAUUAAAAUUGUGGAAGUUUCCCUAGGGCUUACAUUCAACAUAUAAAAUAUCAAUGAACUAUCACACUCUAAGUUGGAAUGCCUAAACUUUUGACAACAUUUCUCAAAUUUGGAUAUUAAAGAAAUGCCAUUUACAAUUAACCAAUCAACAAAAAGGUAGAAGCACGUUUUAAUGUUUACAAGUUUUUUCACAAUGUCUAUUAAGGGGCUUGAUAUAAAAAGUGUUCUUAUAUAUCCAUUUUGUAAUCUUGAAAAAACAAAUAGAAAGAGAUCCUUAAUCAUAUUGCACAUGUUGUUGCCUUUCCUACUGGAUCUUCUCACAACUUUAAAACAAGGGCAAUUGGAAUAAAUUUGAUUUGGGCGACAUAGAUAAGGGUAAAGGAUGAAAGAUAAGUUAUGGGUUGGGUGACUUGUUUUUAUGGUAAUUAGUAGGUUUAUAUUUCAAUUUGUCUUUGAAGCUAACUUGGAAAAUAUUACAAUGUUUGGAUUUGUGUUGCUGGAAGAGAAAGUUAUGGAAAACCCAAGUUUGUGGAGACAAAAUCCAAUUUUAGAACUUUUUCCAAUGUCUCAAAUAAUGAACUACGAAGGUCGGCUAGUGAAGACAGUGGUGAAUGACCUGAUAAAGACGUUUAAUAGAGUGCCAUUACAAGUUGCCAAGCAUCCAGUGGGAGUGGACAACGUGAAGAAUGCUCUCAUUCACAAAUUGAAUCUCAAUUCAAUGGAUGGCCUGAUUAAACUUGGAAUAUGGGGUAUUGGUGGUAUUGGCAAGACCACAAUUGCCAAAGCCAUCUACAAUGAAGUUCAUACUGAUUUUGAUGCUGCUUCUUUUGUUGCUAAUGUUCGCUCCACUGCUGCAGAUGACGCCACAGGCCUUAUGAAUUUGCAAAAGCAAAUUCUCAAGGAUUUAGCUAAAAAUGAUGUAACCGUGAACAGUAUUGAUCAUGGCAUCUCUUUGUUUAGAGAUCGUUUGGGUGGAAAGCGUGUGCUACUUGUUUUAGAUGAUGUGGAUGGUAAACAAGUGGAUGCUUUGGUUGGGGAUUGGUUGGCUCCUGGCAGCAGAGUUAUUAUUACUACAAGAGACAAACACAUUCUCAAUGUUGCUCAGUUCUCAUCCGAAUGCAUCCACGAGAUGAGUGGAUUGGAGAUUGAUGAAGGUCUGCAGUUAUUCUGUUGGCAUGCUUUUCUCAAAGCAUAUCCAAGUCCAAGUUACGCAGAUCUGUCCAAUAGAAUAGUGGAAGCUUGUAAAGGGCAUCCUCUUUCAUUGGAAGUGAUUGGAUCCUACUUGUAUGAUAAACAAAAUGACAAGGAUUGCUGGAUGGAAGCUCUUCACAACAUUAUCCGUUAUCCAGAAAUUCAGGAAAGGCUUUACAUUAGUUAUGGUGCUCUUAGUGACGAGGAAAAGGAGAUAUUUCUGGAUAUUGCUUGUUUUUUUAUUGGAGAAGAGAAAACAUGUCCUAUAGUUUUCUGGAAAUCCUUAAAGUACAAGAUGGUAAUCUCUGCAGUAUCUAAUCUUUCGAUGAAGUCAUUGAUAAAGAUUGAUGAUAAAGGAAGAUUUGAUAUGCAUGAUCAUCUGCGAGAUAUGGGGCGAAGUAUUGCUGAAAAUGAAAAAGUGUGUACUCGACUAUGGGAGGCUACCCGUUUAAGUGCGCCCAUGUCUAUUAACAAUGGCAAUUUCUCUCGCAUUCGACUUAGUGGAGGCAAUUUACAAAGGCUUGAAGUGCUCUACACACCUGGUCUUUGCUAUCUUCAUUUGCAGAAUGUGACCAUCAAAGGCAUCGCACAAGAUACACUAGCCAUGCUUCCUACAAGCCUGAUAUGGUUAGAACUGGAAAAUUGUGACUUCGAGAUGAAUAGAGUACCAAGGGAGCAACCUCUCUCCAGUAACAUUGGGCAAUUGAAGAUUAUGCGAUUACAAUCCCAUGAUCACAUUUACCAACUUUUUAUCUCCUCCGUGUUUGUACUUCCUAAUAUACAGCUGCAGCACUUGAACAUGGGAGGCUGUUCAGGUUUAAAUAACCUCCCUGAUUCCAUCGGCAACCUGUCACAGCUGCAGCACUUGGACAUGGGACACUGUUCAGGUUUAAAUAACCUCCCUGAUUCCAUCGGCAACCUGUCACAGCUGCAGCACUUGGACAUGGGAUCGUGUUCAGGUUUAAAUAACCUCCCUGAUUCCAUCGGCAACCUGUCACAGCUGCAGCACUUGGACAUGGCAUCGUGUUCAGGUUUAAAUAACCUCCCGGAUUCCAUCGGCAACCUGUCACAGCUGCAGCACUUGCACAUGGGAGGGUGUUCAGGUUUAAAUAACCUCCCCGAUUCCAUCGGCAACCUGUCACAGCUGCAGCACUUGGACAUGGGAUGGUGUUCAGGUUUAAAUAACCUCCCCGAUUCCAUCGGCAACCUGUCACAGCUGCAGCACUUGGACAUGGGAUGGUGUUCAGGUUUAAAUAACCUCCCCGAUUCCAUCGGCAACCUGUCACAGCUGCAGCACUUGGACAUGGGAUGGUGUUCAGGUUUAAAUAACCUCCCCGAUUCCAUCGGCAACCUGUCACACCUGCAGCACUUGGACAUGGGAUGGUGUUCAGGUUUAAAUAACCUCCCCGAUUCCAUCGGCAACCUGUCACAGCUGCAGCACUUGCACAUGGGAGAGUGUUCAGGUUUAAAUAACCUCCCCGAUUCCAUCGGCAACCUGUCACAGCUGCAGCACUUGCACAUGCGAUGGUGUUCAGGUUUAAAUAACCUCCCCGAUUCCAUCGGCAACCUGUCACAGCUGCAGCACUUGGACAUGGGAUGGUGUUCAGGUUUAAAUAACCUCCCCGAUUCCAUCGGCAACCUGUCACAGCUGCAGCACUUGGACAUGGGAUGGUGUUCAGGUUUAAAUAACCUCCCCGAUUCCAUCGGCAACCUGUCACAGCUGCAGCACUUGGACAUGGGAGGGUGUUCAGGUUUAAAUAACCUCCCCGAUUCCAUCGGCAACCUGUCACAGCUGCAGCACUUGGACAUGGGAUGGUGUUCAGGUUUAAAUAACCUCCCCGAUUCCAUCGGCAACCUGUCACAGCUGCAGCACUUGGACAUGGGAGGGUGUUCAGGUUUAAAUAACCUCCCCGAUUCCAUCGGCAACCUGUCACAGCUGCAGCACUUGGACAUGAGAUGGUAUUCAGGUUUAAAUAACCUCCCCGAUUCCAUCGGCAACCUGUCACAGCUGCAGCACUUGGACAUGAGAUGGUGUUCAGGUUUAAAUAACCUCCCCGAUUCCAUCGGCAACCUGUCACAGCUGCAGCACUUGGACAUGCGAUGGUGUUCAGGUUUAAAUAACCUCCCCGAUUCCAUCGGCAACCUGUCACAGCUGCAGCACUUGGACAUGGGAUGGUGUUCAGGUUUAAAUAACCUCCCCGAUUCCAUCGGCAACCUGUCACAGCUGCAGCACUUGGACAUGGGAGAGUGUUCAGGUUUAAAUAACCUCCCCGAUUCCAUCGGCAACCUGUCACAGCUGCAGCACUUGGACAUGGGAGCGUGUUCAGGUUUAAAUAACCUCCCCGAUUCCAUCGGCAACCUGUCACAGCUGCAGCACUUGGACAUGGGAGCGUGUUCAGGUUUAAAUAACCUCCCCGAUUCCAUCGGCAACCUGUCACAGCUGCAGCACUUGGACAUGGGAGCGUGUUCAGGUUUAAAUAACCUCCCCGAUUCCAUCGGCAACCUGUCACAGCUGCAGCACUUGGACAUGGAAGGGUGUUCAGGUUUAAAUAACCUCCCUGAUUCCAUCGGCGUGUUCAGGUUUAAAUAACCUCCCUGAUUCCAUCGGCAACCUGUCACAGCUCAUAGCUGCAGCACUUGAACAUGGGAGGGUGUUCAGGUUUAAAUAACCUCCCUGAUUCCAUUGGCAACCUGUCACAGCUGCACUUGAACAUGGAAGGCUGUUUAGAUUUAAAGAAUCUCCCUGAUUCCAUUGUCAACCUUCCAUACUUAGAAGGUAAAUGAAGCAUGUUUAAAAAUUAUCUCUAUCAUAAUAGAUUUGAAUCAGAGUAAAUAGAGUAAAUAAAAAUGAGCGCCAUGAUAUAAUUAAAUUUUGCCA